UUAAAAUUUUCAAGCAAAAGAAACGGCCACAUUCACAAUAUCCAUGCAUUCCAUUAAACUAAGCGCCCCUCGAAUUUCUCACAACUUCAUCAGAGCAAUGUCUUCAAUCUCAACUUCUUCAAUAUUCCAAGGCAAAACCAGUCAGCCUCCUUCCAAUUCACCUUCAAAUACUCUCAUGAAAAUAAUUCUCUUAGAGCUAAAAACACAGAAAGCCAUAGCUCUUCCCUUGGUCGCUAUGAAUUUAACAUGGUUUGCCAAGAUAACCAUCACAACUGCCUUUCUUGGACGUCUUGGAGAGCUUCAGUUAGCUGGUGGUGCGCUUGGCUUCACCUUUGCUAAUGUAACUGGCUUGUCCGUUUUGAAUGGCCUUUGUUCCGCCAUGGAGCCUAUAUGUGGCCAAGCUUACGGGGCUAAAAAUUUUAGGCUUCUCCGUAAGACCCUUCUCAUGGCUAUUUUCUUGUUACUAGCAGCAACGCUUCCUAUUUCCUUUUUGUGGCUUCACGUUGACGAAAUUCUUAUCCAUUUUGGGCAGAAAAAAGACAUUUCAAUGGUCGCAAAGAACUAUCUUUUAUAUCUCCUUCCUGACUUAGUAGUCACUUCAUUUCUAUGUCCUCUCAAAGCCUACUUGAGCUCACAAAACAUUACAGUUCCUAUAAUGUUAAGCUCAGCUCUAUCUCUUGCCUUCCAUAUUCCUGUCAACAUAUUGCUUGCAAAAGCUAAGGGUCUUGAGGGAGUUUCUAUGGCAAUAUGGAUAAGUGAUGCUCUAGUUGUGAUUUUUCUUGUGGUAUAUUUGUUGAUAAUUGAAAGUAACAAAGAGGGUAAGUGGAAGGAAGGAGGAUGGUGGGAGCAGGGCAUCAGUGACUGGCUCAGAUUGCUCAAACUAUGUGGACCUUUCUGCUUAACCACCUGCCUUGAAUGGUGGUGCUAUGAGAUCCUGGUUUUGUUAGCAGGGCGCCUAUCAAAUGCCAAACGAGCAGUGGGAGUGUUAGCCAUUAUCCUAAAUUUCGACUAUUUGCUUUACUCUGUCAUGAUCUCCUUAACCACUUGUGUAUCAAUUCGAGUGUCCAAUGAGCUCGGUGCUAACCAAGCUCGGGCGGCUUACCGGUCUGCUUACGUGUCUCUCGGUGUGAGCAUCAUUUCCGGUAGUAUAGGUGCCCUUUUAACAGUAGGAGCCAGGGGCUUUUGGGGGCGUUUGUUCACUCAUGAUAGCGGAACCAUAAAUGGUGUAAAAAAGAUGAUGCUGCUUAUGGCAAUAAUGGAAGUGAUGAAUUUCCCAGUGACAGUUUGUGGAGGUAUUGUCCGAGGAACGGCUAGGCCAUGGUUGGCGUUAUAUGCCAAUAUUGGUGGAUUUUACCUUAUAGCCUUGCCCCUGGGCAUACUUUUCGCUUUCAAAGCAGCGUUGGGACUUGGCGGGCUGUUGAUUGGAUUUUUAAUUGGACUGCUUGGGUGCUUAGCAAUGUUAUUGGUGUUUAUCGCCAAGAUUAAAUGGGAUGAAGAAGCUUCGAAGGCACAAUUUCUUGCCUGUAACUUACAGCAGGAUGGCGAAGAUGAAAAGAACAUUUCUGCGAUUAAUAAUUCAGCCUAGAAGAAGUCCCGAAAUAGCUUUUUCGUUCUUAACGAUUACAGAUGGCUCCUCUAUCACUGACAUAAUGUAUAUCCAUCCUCGUGAAAGAAUAAGCAUAAUUAAUUAGCCA